AUUCAUCUCCGCUUGGCACGACUCCUUGUGCCUCUAACCCCUGCAAGAACUACGCCACCUGUUUCGACAUCACCAAUGGCUAUUCUUGUCGUUGCCAAAGUGGAUUUCAUGGCGAAAACUGCGAAAAAGCAGAAAGUUGCCUGGCCUUGAAACUGACGAAUAACCACUCAGACGGCUUGCAACAAAUUCAUCUGGAAAGCAUUGGUUGGGUUCCAGUGCUCUGCGACCAACAAACGAACGGCGGAGGUUGGACAGUCCUGCAAAGACGCACACGUCCUUUUGUGAGGGUCAAUUUCGACAGAAAUUGGACUGACUACGAAGCUGGCUUUGGGAAUAAUCAAGAAGGUAAUUUUUGGCUCGGUAACAAAAUGAUCCACAUGCUUAUGAAAACACCUCGGUUUCUUCGAAUUGAGCUGAGGACAGACAGAAAUGAAAAUGGCUUUGCUGAGUACAGUGACGUUAAAGUGAAUGGUGUGGCUAAUAAAUACCGUCUUCAAAUGGCAUCUCCAAAUGGCUACCGAGGGUCUAUCGGAGACUGUGGUGGUUCUUCUUCAUGGCAGUAUUUCACAACAAAGGACUCGGAUAAUGACAAACAGUUUAACAUCAAUUGUGCUGUGAAAGAUGGUGCUGGCUGGUGGUACAAGAAUUGUGGAUGUGGAAACCUCAAUAAAAAAGAGGGACCGAAGUGGAAUUCCUGGACCCCACCAGGCAAUUUCGAGUUCAGCGAGAUGAAGAUACGUUGAACAGUUAGGAUCAGUAUAACAUGUUGAUAGUUGCUGAACAAGAACUCAGUUAACUAAGUUCAUGGUAGCAAAGUACCUGCAUACUGGUAGAUAGGAAAGUUGAUAUGUAAUGCUUCUGCGCAAUGAUGUCAAUCCACAUAGAUGGUAAAGAUACAUGGCUUCAAAAUUACUGUCAUACUGAGUUUAUUAAUCCUUGACUUCAAAAGCUUCAAUCUGUGAUACUUCGUUACUUUUUCAAAAUGAACCCCUAAAAAAGUGUCUGUAAAAGGUAGUUAUUUGCAGCUAGACAAUUAUUUCUUACCUUAACAUCAGAUCCAGAACAUGCAAAAGUAAAUGAAUCUGAGGGCUAUAAGAUGGGAUUCAUUCAAU